AUGGGCAUUAAAGGUAGAAGAAAGCGUCUCCGCGAACGGGAGGCCAAAGCUGCUGAUAUGACUGAUAAUGGAAUGCAGGAUGAAGAAUGGUCUGAAGACUAUGGAGAUGAAUUCAACGAGAAUGUUGUAGUAAUGGGCGAUGGACCUAUGCGAGCUCCUGUGGAUUCCCAAGGUAGAUUAUGCAUGAAAAAAACUGACUAUUUUAAUAUGCAGGAUAUGGAAUAUCUUGAGCGUAUUGCCGAAGAGCAUGGAAACCGUCGUACCAGUCAUUUGUCUAAACAAAAACGAACUAUUAAUGAAGAAGAAGCUGUAAUAGAAACGGAGAAAUUACUACAACAUCACUUUGACACUGAAGAAGCUUUAGAAGAACUUGUACAAGUUUCUAAUAAUAGUAAAAUGUCUGGAAAAAGUAAAGAAGAACGAUUACUUGAACGUCGACGUUCUACUGGUAAAGGUGCACCUUUUGGACAUCCACUUAUGGGUAUUGAUUCAACUGUUGUGAAUGGUUUACAAUCUGAGGGAUUUAACCGCAUGACAGUUAUUCAAGAACGUGUAAUUCCCUAUGCUUUACAAGGGUAUGAUAUCCUCGGACAGGCAAAGACAGGAUCUGGAAAGACACUCGCUUUCUGCGUCCCUGUUCUUCAUACGAUUAUCUCUCUUGUUCACAAACGUCCAAAUGCGACAUAUAGUUUAAUGCUCGCUCCAACGAAAGAACUCUGUGUUCAGACAAAUGAUGUGUUGAAAAGUAUUUGUCAACACAUUCCAGGAGAUGUGGCUAAUUUUUCUGUUCAACUUAUUACUGGUGGUACAAAGAUAACAGAAGAACGUCGGUUAUUAGCUGCAGGUAUCUCUAUUGUAGUUGGAACUCCUGGUCGUAUACACGAUCAUGUAAAACACUGUACCAACUGGGAUCUUGCAAGAAUUCGUUUUCUUGUACUAGAUGAGGCAGAUCGUAUGUUGGCAGAUGGUUUUCAAAAGGAUCUGGAUGCGAUUGUUCAGCGUCUACCGCAUUCUCGUCAAACACUUUUGUUUUCCGCAACGAAUUCCAAGUCUGUUCGAGAAUUGGCACGACUAUCACUAUCGCGUACACCGUUGUUUAUUGCAACUACUGGAAAUGCACCAACAAUGGUUCAAGUGGAUAGACCAGGUGAUGAUAACAAUAAUAAUAAUGAAUCAUCAACUUCUACUUUACUUCCCCCUUACAGUUCCUAUGAAGACCCAACUAGUGACAAUGAAGAGCAGGAGUUAAAUACAUCAAGAGAAUCAAGUCCAUCAUCUACACAUGCAGAUGGUGAUGCGGAGCCAAUUCCAAGUAGUUUACGUCAAUUCUGUCACAUAACACCAGUUGAAAAGCGUAUGCUUUAUCUUUAUACCUUUGUAAAGCGAAUAGCUAGAGUAUCAAAGGCGAUGGUUUUUUGUUCUACUAUAGCCAGCACAACCUUUCAUUUUCAAAUGAUGGGUUCUGUAGGAUUUCAUAAUGAAGUUAUGAUGCUUCAUGGACAUAUGAAACACCGUCAACGUGUGGCUGCAUUUCAAGCCUUUAAUGAAUGGGAAACGGGUGUAUUGUUUUGUACAGAUGUGGCUGCACGUGGUCUUGAUAUUCCUAAUGUGGAAUGGAUUUUACAAUAUGAUCCACCACUUGAUCCUACGGAGUAUAUUCAUCGUAUUGGACGAACAGCACGUGCUGGUAAUGUUGGUAAUGCUCUUCUUUUUCUCACACCAGAAGAAGUUGGUUUCGUUCGCUAUCUCUCCAAGUUUGGUAUUACACUUGAGAAGUAUCCAAUGCCGGAGAAAUUACCAAAAAUUCAAAUGAAACUAGAACAUGUUCUUCAAUUGGAUCCUAUUGUUGCGAAGAGUGCUGUAAGUGCAUACAGAGCCCACGUAGGGGCUUACCAGAGUCAUCUAUUGAAGGAAACUUUUUGUAUAGAUCGACUGGAUUUGUUGGGUCUCGCUAAGAGUUUCGCACUGGAGUCAGCACCGAGUAUCUCACUACCGAAGAACUCUGCUGAAGAGAAGAAAAGGGAGUAUGUAAAGGGAAAACUCAAAUCACUCAACCGACGAAGAUUAGAGGCGAAGAAAUAUUAUGAAUCGCAGAAGACAAAGCCACAGUGGACACCGGAUGGACAUUUUGUUGGGGCAUUACCACCGAAACUGUAA